AUUGUACCAAAGCUAGUAAAGCCAAGCAAGGUGCUAAAGCGAAACAAAAUGCCACGUCGACGUCUGCCUCUGCUUCUGUUGAUGAAAAAAUUGGCAGCGAGAAAGACGAGAAAAAGCUCCUCGAAGGCGUGGAGCUGCCGAAAACAGAGGAAGCGAUCGAGAAGGAGCGGCAAGCCGAAGUAAUGAAGAGCUAUAAAAAGCCGUUCCUGCGUCUCUUGUUUUACGGUCAGCUUUUAUCCAUCUUUCUCGGCAUCUCGCUACCCGUCUCCCUUGUAUUUCAUGGAAGAGGGGCCGAGAUGAGGGGGCCGGAAUUAUAAGUAAUGCUGGCGCUAAUUGUUGUUGAAUCAAGGCGUCGAGCGAUUCUUACUUCUGGUUGCACUCGGGAUGUCGAUUGUUCAGGGUGUCAGUGGUCCGGCAGUCAGUAGCUUAUUCAAGGACGUCAUGGCGCAACAAGCGCCUUCAGUAGCGGGUUCUUCGCCGCACGUGGAUGAAGCGGUACUCCGCGCGGGUCUCUACAUUUACGUCCACUUUUGAAACAACGACUCUUGUUCCACAGGCUAAGUAUGUAGGAGAAAGUGUCUUGUUUCUCACGUCGUUGUCGUUGGAUAAAUGAUCUCCACAUCGGUUCUUAUGUGAAAGUUGUUUCUAAAUUAGGGUCGGUGUCGCCGUAGCUACUGCGGUGGCGGUACUCCUAGGCCAGGGAGCGGUCGCUUUCAUCGGUGCGAACAUUACCU